AUGAAUGAAUCUGUGGAAUUAAUAAUUCAUCAUGGGGAUGAGCCUGAAGUGGUGGGUUUAAGUUUACCGGGGCCUGAAGGGCGUGAAGUUGAAGCUGAGGAUGUGGUUGAGUCAGAUUUAGGGGGUGAGCAUGAGGGUAGUGAAGUUGAGGGAGAUGCUGAAAUUGGGAGUGAAGACGGGAGUGAAACUGAAAGUGAAAGUGAUAAUAACAGUGAGCAAGAUAUUCCUUUUGAGGAUGCCCAAGAUUCUGAGUAUUAUGAUUCAGAAGAUCCACUUACAGUUGAAGAAGAAACACAGAAUGAUGAAGGGAAUGAAGUGCAAUCUAAGUACAAUGAUAAGUACCCUAAGUAUAAUCCUAAAUGUGAUCCACCCAUUGUUGAAUUAGAGUUGAGUAGGGUCAUUAAAGCUGAGUUGAACAUCAAUAUCACAAUGAGUAUGUGUAGAAGGGCAAUAAUGAGGAUUCUAAAGAAGUUGGAUAUAGGGUAUGAGAGUCAGUUCAAGAGGCUUAGAGACUAUGCUCAAGAGUGUCUAAAUUCAAAUCCAGGUUCUACUGUGAAGAUAAAAACUACAACAACUGUCUCUACUUCACCCUUGGUGUUUAAGAGAAUUUAUGUAUGCUUUAAUGCCAUGAAGAAGGGAUUCUUAGCGGGAUGUAGAAAGUUUAUUGGACUUGAUGGAUGUUUCUUAAAGGGCAAAUUGAAGGGUGAAAUCCUCACAGUUCUUUUGAAGACAGACUUGGACAUUAUAGACAUCAAUGAAUGGACUCUAAUGAGUGAUCAACAAAAGGGAUUAUCCAAUGUUAUUCAAGGUCUAUUCCCUGGAAUUCAACAUAGAAACUGUGCUAGUCAUGUGCAUGCCAAUUGGAGUAAGAGCCACCAAGGGAAGGUACUAAAGACUCAUUUCUGGCAAAUUGCAAAGACCCCAAAUGAAGCACAACUUGCUGAUAAUUUGAAGGGUUUAGAGAAGAUAGAUGUUGCUGCUCGCGUUGAUCUUGAAAAAUAUCCUAUGCAAUUUUGGUGCAAGGCUUACUUCAAGGAAGAUGUGAAGUGUGACACGGUAGAUAACAACUUGAGUGAGGCAUUCAAUAAAACUUUGUUGAAUGCAAGGUCAAAGUUCAUAAUUCCAAUGCUUGAGGAUAUACGGGUAGCAACAAUGAAAAGGGUUGCAAAGAAAAAAGCAUGGGCUCAAAAUUGGAGAGGGAAUUAUGGGUCAUUGGUUAUGAAGAAACUGAAUGAAAGCAUACUUGGGAGUGCAAGUUGGGAAGUGACAUUCAAUGGAGCUGAGAGGCUUUGGCAGUUGACUGGUAUCCCAUGUCGUCAUGGCAUUUGUGCAAUAUUUCACAAAGGACAUCAGCCGGAAGAGUACAUACACAAAUGCUAUAGUAAGGAUCUAUACUUGAAGACAUAUGAGCAUAGGAAGAUGAAGAUCAUCGACCCCUGUGAAGGGGAGAGGGAGAGGGAGAGGAAGUGGAAGAGGGCAGGAAAGCUUUGUUGGAAUGUCAGCUUGCACACAGGGACCAUGAAGGCAGAUGAAGAUUGA